CGGAAGAUAAAGAGCUACUUUAAAGCCUCUUCCAUGACAGUUUUGAACAGCACCCAUUCUAGAUUCAGCUUACUGUGUUGUGAAAAUAAACAUCACACACACUCCACAUUGCGGACUCAGAUGACUGCAGCAGCAGCAUCCCCUAGAUGUCCAGUACUUAUGACAUCAGAUAUUUUCUAUGUAAGACUCUGUAUUCUCACACUAAGGAAAAAUGUUGCCAUUCUGUCUAUGUUUCCACUACCAAAUGUAUCAUGUACUCAUUCUUCUCUUCUUAAAAAUCCCUUAGCAUCUUAAAGUUUUCUUUAUUCCUAGAAUUAGUAAGUGUGUGUGUCUAUGUGUGUGAUUUAUUUUCAUCAGUGCAGGAACUUAUGUGUCAUGGUUCGUGUCUGGCGGUCUGAGGAAAACUUUUGGGAGUUGGUGCUCUCCUUUCAUGUUGUUGUUUCUUGUUCUUCCUCUCAGGCUCAUGCUCUAGGCUGGUUGUCCCAGGGAAUUUUGGGUAGUUCUGUUUCCACCUCUCAUCUUACUCCAGAACUGCUGGGACUAUAGAGAUAACAGUUUAUGAUGGAGCCCUCGCCUCUUGAGCUACCAGUUGAUGCAGUGCAUCGGAUCGCGGCUGAACUCAAUUGUGACCCAACAGAUGAGAGGGUUGCUCUCCGCUUGGAUGAGGAAGAUAAACUGAGUCAUUUUAGGAACUGUUUUUAUAUCCCCAAAAUGCGGGACCUGCCUUCAAUCGAUCUAUCUUUAGUGAAUGAAGAUGACAAUGCCAUCUAUUUUCUGGGAAAUUCCCUUGGCCUUCAACCAAAAAUGGUUAGGACAUACCUGGAGGAAGAGCUAGAUAAGUGGGCCAAGAUGGGAGCCUAUGGUCAUGAUGUAGGGAAACGUCCUUGGAUUAUAGGGGAUGAGAGCAUUGUAAGCCUUAUGAAGGACAUUGUAGGAGCCCAUGAGAAAGAAAUAGCUCUAAUGAAUGCUUUGACUGUUAAUUUACAUCUCCUGCUGUUAUCAUUCUUUAAGCCUACACCAAAGCGGCACAAAAUUCUUCUAGAAGCCAAAGCCUUCCCUUCUGAUCAUUAUGCUAUUGAGUCACAGAUUCAACUUCACGGACUUGAUGUUGAGAAAAGUAUGCGGAUGAUAAAGCCAAGAGAGGGGGAAGAGACCCUAAGAAUGGAAGACAUACUGGAAGUAAUCAAAGAUGAAGGAGACUCGAUUGCAGUGAUCCUGUUCAGUGGACUGCACUUUUAUACUGGGCAGCUGUUCAACAUUCCUGCUAUUACAGAAGCUGGACAUGCAAAGGGCUGUUUUGUUGGCUUUGACCUAGCGCAUGCAGUUGGAAAUGUUGAACUCCACUUACAUGACUGGGGGGUUGACUUUGCCUGCUGGUGUUCCUACAAGUAUUUAAAUUCAGGAGCUGGAGGCCUGGCAGGUGCUUUUAUCCAUGAGAAGCAUGCUCAUACGAUCAAGCCUGCGUUAGUGGGAUGGUUCGGCCAUGAGCUCAGUACAAGAUUUAACAUGGAUAACAAACUACAAUUAAUCCCUGGGGUCAAUGGAUUCCGAAUUUCCAACCCUCCCAUUUUGUUGGUCUGCUCCUUGCAUGCCAGUUUAGAGGUCUUCCAGCAAGCAACUAUGACUGCACUGAGGAGAAAAUCCAUUCUGCUGACAGGUUACCUGGAGUACAUGCUCAAACAUUACCACAGCAGAGAUAACACAGCAAACAAGGGGCCAAUUGUGAACAUAAUCACCCCAUCCAGAGCAGAGGAACGAGGCUGCCAGUUAACGCUGACCUUUUCCAUUCCCAAGAAAAGCGUUUUUAAGGAACUAGAGAAAAGAGGAGUCAUUUGUGACAAGCGAGAACCAGAUGGCAUUCGUGUGGCUCCUGUUCCUCUCUAUAAUUCUUUCCAUGAUGUGUAUAAGUUCAUCAGACUGCUUACUUCCAUACUCGAGUCUGCAGAAAGAAACUAGCCAUGUUUUCUAGAAUAAUUCAAGUAAAUCUCACCGGAAGGUGCUGGAGUUUUCACUUCUAUUCACUUUUAGACAUUAAAAAGUCUCAUGAAAUUGAUUGUGUAGAAAUGAUAAUAAUUAUAAAAACUUACAUAAAACCUGGUACAUGUUUUAGUAUCUGUCACUGAGGAAUGUGGUGUCCUCUGGAUUACAAGGUCACACUUUACUACAACCUAUAGAUGACUCUUUUGAUCAGCUGUCACAUUCCACAGUCACUGAAAUGUUUUCUCUUUAAUCUGUAACUGAAUUGACAAUAUAAUAAUGUAUGUAGACUUCUUGUAUAAAUAUUGGAAGUAUUACUUUAAUUUUGAUAUGGAAAAAGUUUUAUUUUAAUAUUUGUAACUGAAUCAUCUGAAAUAUGUUUGAUACUAUGUUUUGUCUAAUUCCGGAAAAAGAAAACAGACUUUCUAAGCUGUAACAAUUUCUCUCUCUCUCUCUCUCUUUCUCUCUCUCUCUUUCUCUCUCUAGUGUGUGUUUGUGUAUCUAUGUGUGCCUGUGUAUACCCAUGUAAGUGCUAUGCAUAAAGAAUGAGACUACUUAGCCCUAUGUACUCAUGUGAGGCCAGAGGUCAACAUUGGACAUCUUCCUCAAUCACUGUUUAAAUUUUUAUUUAUUUAUUUAUAUGUGUAUGGGUUUUUUGACUGCAUUAUGUCUCUACAUAGUGUGCAUGUCAUGUUUACAGAAGGUAGAAGAUGGCAUCAGAUCACCUGGGACUGGAAUUACAGAGCCACUGUGUAGAUACUAGGAACUGAACCCAGAUCCUUUGGAAGAGUAGCCAAUGCUCUUAUCCUUUGAAACAUCUCUCCAGCCCUUCCACCUCAUAUUUUGAUACAGGAUUUCUCCCCAAACCUGGAACUCAGUCCUUCAACUAGUGUGGCUGGCCAGUGAAUCUUCAGAGUUUCUCUGUCUCUGCACUCCAAUGAGUACUAGGUUACAGCUGUACACUGCUGCACAUACAUUUUUACAUGUCUACUGAGAUCUGAACACAGUCCUUAUGGUAGUGCAGCAACCACUUCAUCCACCAAGCCAUCCCCCAGUUAUUGGUUUUUGAUGCCACUAUUAGUACGCAUUUAUUGGCAAAGUAUUCUAAAUUUGCAUGUAUAAAGAACAAAUUAUAAUGAUUUGAUAAACUUGAAUGAAACACACUUGGUCAGACAUAUACUUUUGAUGUGAUAAAUAGUAAGGUAUGAAACUGUGCCAAUAGCUAAGAACACACAUAACACUCUUGAUUACCUAGCAGUUCAGUUCCAAGUGUUCCACACAUAUCUUUAUUAAAGUACCAAAGCAUUCCACUGUAUUAUUUUACCUUCAUGAAUGGAGUGGCUAUCAGGACCUGGAACCUCAUCCUACAUGAGGCUAUUUUUGAGCCUCACAGUGGUCAUCAAAAAGGACAUGGUUUCCAGCUUCAAGGAAAAUAGUACCUACCCUAGAGCUCUACCAGUCAUCACAGAAAAAAUAAAAUAAGUACUUAAUUACAACUGGUAGCACCUCUUAAAGAUGCCCUAGCUGGGCUAAACAUUGUGCCUGGUAGUGUUCCUUCAACUUGACACAGGCUGGAUUUAUUUGGGAAGAGGGACCUUCCACAGAGAAAAUGCCACCACCAGAUUGGUCUGUGAGCAAGAUUGUGGUAUAUCCAAAUUAAUGAUUGAUGUGGGAGGGCCCAGAUCACAUGGGCUAAUGCUACCUCUUGAUACGUGGGUCUGGGUGCUAUAAGGCAGUCUGGGAAAGCUAUGAAGAACUUCCAGUAAACAUUAUUCCUUCAUGGCUUCUGCUUCAGUCUCUGCCUCCAGCGUUCUGUCCUGACUUCCUUAGAUGAUGGAUCACAGGCUAUAAGGUGAAACAAGCCAUUUCUUUCCAAGUUGUUUUUGGUCAUAGUGUUUUAUCAAAGCAAUAGAAACCUUAGCCAAGACAAAUGCUAUAACCAAAAAUGACUUAGGGAAGAAGUGGUUUAUUUCAUCUUAUAGGGCAGAGUCCACUGUUAAAGGAAGUCAGGGCAGGAACUCCAGCAGGAGAGGAGUUUUAAGCAUAAUCCAUGGAGGUGCUAGCUUGCUGGCAGGCUUCUGUUCAGCCACCUUUCUUACAGAGACCCCCAGCCCAUUUACUCAGGGAUGAGGUCACCCACAAUGUCUGGGACUCCUAUAUCAAUUAGCAAUCAUAUUAAUACCCAUAGACAUGCCCACAGGCUAAUCUGCUGGAAAUAAUAUCCCAAAUGAAACUCAGACAAGUCUGGACUUGUCAACUAGAAGAGGGUAUGUAGAUGACACUAUGAGUUGGAAGACUUAAGAUUGUAGCAGGCCUUUCCUUUUCCCAUCCCCUCUGCCUUGCUAAACUGUUAUAUUACAUUCUGAAAGCCUUCCACCAAAGUCUCUUCCAUUAUUUGGCCACUUUUCCCCCUUGAGUUGAACCACCAAAUAAGCCAACUCAUCCUAACACAGGUUUCCCCUUUUCCCUUUAUAAACCUCCAUUUGCCUAUGGACCAUAUCUGUCUCCUCUCUAUUCAUGUGCAGUCCUUUGUCCUUCCAGGAUAAAUAUUUCUUUCACCCCUCCCCCUUCUUCCUUUUCCUUUCUGCCUCAUCCUGUAUCUCUGGUCUUUGUCUCUUAUUGUUUGUCUUUUGUCCAUUGGGGCAAAAUAUAGCUCCUUUGUGCUGAGAACUUGGUCUCGAUGUAUCUUAGGACAUCCUUUGUUUCAUAACGUGCAUAGUUGAGUAAGGUGCUUAUGAACAUGAUUAUAAGAUUACAUUAAAACUAUCUUGUGAUAAUUACACUAACUAACAUUUUAUCAAAUUGUAAGCAGAAACUAUGGUAGAAAUUCUCACAAGCCACAGUGAAGUUGAAUAUUACAAUCCUGUUCGU